UCCUGAGCACACUUUGCGAACUUGCGUGGAUGUUGGCGUGGCUCUUAUUUGUGUGUGUGUGUGCGCGCGUGACUCCACAACAAGGCCCCCCACCCCCAAAAGGAAAAAGAGCACGCUUGCCGCACCUGAGGACGCUCCGUGGGAACUACCUUGCAUUUCUAUCGAAAACAUGCCUCGCUCCUUCCUUGUCAAGAAAUAUUUUUCCAGCAGGAAACCUUAUUACCGAGACAGCCUCCUGGAGAGCCAAAGUGCGUUUGUCCCGGAAAGCUUCCCCCGCGCUGACCUUCCCACCCAGAACCUCAGUUCUGCCCUCACCUGCUACCCCUCAGAUUCAUUCAAGGGCACCCGAGCCACUCCCUUUACCCCCAUGACCCCGGCAUCCCUCCCUCCGUCCCCACUCGGGCCUCUGGACCUCACCAGCUCGCCCUUCAGCAGCAGCGGUGAGGAAGAGGAAGACAACAGCCGCUCCUCAGACGCCCCCAGCCCGGAUGUCCUCCAACCCGUCUACCUCUGCGUGUACUGUGGUAAGAGCUACGGCAGCGUCUCGGCGCUGUCCUGCCACCAGACCCCUCGCCCCUGCGUGGCGUCGCCGCCCGCCGAAUCCCCGGCGUCCCGGCCGGCCUUCCGUUGCAAACACUGCCCCAAGGAGUACACCAGCCUGGGCGCCCUGAAGAUGCACAUCCGCUCCCACACGUUGCCCUGCGUGUGCCCCACAUGCGGCAAAGCCUUCUCCAGACCGUGGCUGCUGAGGGGACACAUCCGGACACACACAGGUGAACGCCCAUUUGCUUGCCAACACUGUAACCGGGCCUUCGCUGACCGCUCCAACCUGCGGGCGCACCUGCAGACCCACUCGGAAGUCAAGAAGUACCAGUGCGCCUCCUGCUCGCGGACCUUCAGCCGCAUGUCUCUGCUGCACAAACACAACGCCACCGGAUGCGGCAACCUCACCUCGUAGACUGAGACACAUUCCCAGGAGCCUUCCCCUUGGCUCCACUUCUACCUUGAGGACUUUUCUACUGCAACUUGAGGGCCUUUUUUUUUUUUUUUUUUUUUUUUUUUUAAAGAUUUCCGAGCUGAGAUUCACAAUGGGUAUCCGCGGCCUGUCAUCAGUGACUGUGUGUAUGAGAUGAGAGCAGCUGGACAUGCGGUUAAACCCCAGGAAAUUCCCUUCGGUGCCGGCCGGUCCGGGACUCUGGCCACGCUGCAGCUGCUUGGGUGUGUUUUUGUGCGUAUGCUUGGAUGCCAUUCCUUGUUAUGGAAGGCAAGAUGUGUGUGUGUGUGUGUGUGUGUGUUGAGACAGCUGCCCGUGAAGGUGGCUAACAGGUGACCUUUGCUCGCCCACCUUCUCGGUACCGGAUGACCGGACCACUGUACCUUGACCAAAGGACCUAGUUUGGCUUCACCAAUAUUUCUUUGGUGUCUUAAUGCUCUGUAAAUUUGUAAUGUUUUGACAUCACAUUUUUUAAAAUUUUCCCCAUCAAGUUUGUGCACCCCCCAUCCCCCAUCUGCCACAUGUAAAUAAAUAAAAGCUUUGUUGUA